AUGCCUCUCCUGCCCCCUGCCGCCACUGCUGUGAUGACCUGGAGCCACAGGAGGGCCCCUCAGAUGAGGGACCAAAAGAGUGGCCUGAACCAGAUACCUGAAGUCCGCACCUUCAUCAACAUGACCAUCCUCAAAGAGAGCGGGACAAGGGAAACAGCGGGGACAGAGGGACACCUGGGAAGUCUGGUGAGGAAGGCGCUCCUGGGUCGAGGGCCAAUGGGCCCCAAAGGAACCAAGGGCCAGGCGAGCCCCCCAGGGGACUCCUUCAAGAACCAGGACGCAGCCUUCUCGGUGGGGCGUCGCAAGUCCCUCCACAGCGUGGACUACUACCAGGCCCUGGUGUUCGACACAGAGUUCGUCAACCUCCACGGCCACUUCGACAUGUUCAAAGGAAAGUUCUACUGCUACGUCCCUGGGAUUUACUUCUUCAACAUCAACAUCCACACCUGGAACUUUAAAGAGAACUACCUGCACAUCAUGAGGAAUGACAAGGAGCAAGCCAUUGUGUACACCCAGCCCAGCGAGAGGUCCAUCAUGCAAAGCCAGAGCCUUAUGUUGCCCCUUGAGCUCAGUGACGAGGUGUGGGUCCGGCUGUACAAGAGGGAGAACACGGUGUAUAGUGACGAUGUGGAUGUGUACAUCACCUUCAACGGAUACCUCAUCAAGCCCACCUUGGAGUGAGAUGACCUGCUGGGUCGUGUUCGGUAGGCACAAAAUGGAAGAAAACGCCCUAACAGAGUCAAACGGGGAGGUACUAUCUGGACUUGUCCAGGAAGAAACGCUUGUUUUCUUUUUCCGUUGCAAAAUGUUUGAAAUGUUUUGGUACGGUGUGCCCUUAUGAACAUGAUCCCCGACUGACCUGAGGGGAGGGGGCUAGAGGUCAGAAUUCAGGAGGGCACAUUGAGAGGGGGCCUCUUUAUGCAGGGUUUUCAUUGACGCACACACCCACUUUUAUGUGCCUCUAUACGGUGCAAGGGGAUACUGGGGGCUUGUAAGGUAAUGACUCCAAAUACAUAUACUCUUUAAAAAAAAACAUUUUUUUUUACAUAGACUCCUUCUCUCCUGUAUUGAAAAAUAAAUAUUAUAUGGAUGUAUAUGCUGACAAGGAGGCUGGGUGGGAAAAGACCUAUGACACAAGGAAAGAGAUGUCCCCUUAAAAACACAAACCCCUUUGUAAGCAUCUGGCUGUAAUGGAUUUCUCUAUUGGUUGUUAAGCUUUAUUAAGAGUUGUCACAGUGAACAGACACACCACCAUUAGUGAUUCCAUAAAAGCCCGGUUGCCUUUCCAUAAUGCCCUAAUUCUGUCAUUUACCUCAGAUGUUUUGUCUGGACACUAGUCCAGUGUGUAUGCUGGUUUUUUUAGUGUUCAGUUUCUGAGCUCUUGAUCAAUUCUGUCUGGUAAAAGCUGUUCAUAAGAUCCUGAUAUUUUCCAGCUGGAUAUCAGUUGCACAGUUGUAUAAAUGAAAAAGACUACGGUAGUGAUUACAGUGGGCUUGCAAAAUUGAUCUCACAAGUACAAAUGAGAAAAAUAUGAUAAUAGUUCAAUCUCAACGGGGAUGCCUUGGUAACAGGAUACAGAAAUGUUAUUUACAGUUUGAUGCUGUUUCUGUUUGGUCUUCUCUAGUCAGAACCUGAUGUGGAAGACUAACAGUGCCAGCUGGAAUAGGGUACCAUCGCACCACUCAAACAGGGUCGACAUGGAUCAAGUAUUCAAUACCACAAAUAAGCCCUCUGGAGUAGAAAGAUGAAUUGAUUGAUUCCAAAAGUAACGACUCAAAGACAAUGUAUGAACAGUUCUCUUGGCAGUAUUUCCUUCAAUGACAGCAGCUGAGACAAGUUUUGUUAAAUUUGUCGCCUUGCACAUCAGGGAAUUUACAUUUUUACGGAAA